AUGCCUGAAAGCAAAUCUAUCUUACAUGAACUAUACGUGUUUUCAGAGUGGAAACCCGAGCCAGAAUAUUUACAAAAACAUGACCACAUUUUACCUGAAAAUAUAUCAGCUAUUUGGCGUUGGGUAAAAUUUUUUGGCCCAAAGAAAAGUUUAAUAGACAGCGUAACAGCACAUAAAGAGAAACAACAAAAGUGGCAUAUUGCUCUUGGUGAUGAAGGGAAAGUAUUAGCCGUGCUUACUGAUAACAUAUUGGAAAUCAGGACCAAGCGUACAGAAUAUGCUACAAUAGCAGCUAGGACUACUGUGAGUCGUGAUCCAUAUGCACAAUGGCGUAAACUAGUGUGGAGCCCUGACUGCUCAUUUUUGGUGCUUGCAUAUGGCAAUGGUGUGGUCAGCUUCUUUGACCUGACUGCUUCUAAUCUUUUUAAUAUUCCAGCUGAUUGCUCAAGGCCUGGGGGUUUGGAGUGCACUGAUAAUACUCAUGCUGUGUCAGAUAUUAUAUUUAUGCCCCUUAGAGUUAAGGAUACUAAAUGGAACUGGGAGGUACUGGUGGUGACGUUCGACGGGCGGUUGCGUGGUUACGUGGUGUCCCAAACGGACGGCUACAAGUUGCGGCACUCGUUCCGCUUCCCGGGUGGAGUGGCCGCGCUGGCUUACUGUCCGUCGCAUGACGCCUUGUACGUGGCCGGAGUGCCUCGAAGAAUCAAGGAUCCAUCAUCGCCGCUCAGUGCCGGAAUCACGGCAUGGCGCAUAUUGAAUGACGACCCGUUUUAUAAACUGUCGGUGGUGUCCGACCAACUAGAAGCGCAGCUGGCCAAUGAGAGGUUCCAGCUUUAUAUACCAUUUGUUACAUCCAAACACUUGAACUUCAUAGUCCGCAUGGAGCUGUCUAGUGACAGCACGAAACUGGUUUGCCUUCAUUGCAAUGGAGACGUGUCAGUAUGGAGAUUGCCAUUGCUGAAGCUGCUGAAGCGUUGGCCGCUUAAUAGCCAGCCUGGCCACGACCUGAGGAAUCCACUCGUUAAACCAGACAAGCAGACACAUAAGGAUGUCUCCCUGUUCUACCCGGCCGAUGUCAAUUGGUGGAGUGAUGAAGAAAUCAUUUUGUCUCGGUUCAGCGGUGCUGUGAGCGUCUGUGACACUGAAGAUAUGGUUAAUAUUCUUGGAAAGAAACCCGAAUUCUUUCAGGGAACUCCCCAGGUUACACGCGCUUACCAUGGCGCAUUUAUGUCUUUAGAGUGCGAGUCGAACGUAUUACCAGCUAAGAAAUCACGAAGUGAUGAAAGCAUGGAAGUUGUAAAAGUGGAGGCGGACACGGACGACUCCAUGCUAGAAUUGACAAAGGAAUUAUUCAAAACAAUCCUGUACGCCAUCACAGACAUGGAGACGUUUCAGCCGAAGCCUAAGAAGAUAACAGUAGUGUCCCGCAUAUAUCGUCUACUGGGAGUCAAGAGCACCACCCCCACAGAAUUAUUUUCGAGAAAGAUCGAGAGCGGGAACUAUUCGGAAGCGCUGAAUCUGGCUGAGACGUUCGGGUUAGACAGUGACCUCGUGUAUCAACAGCAAUGGAGAAAGAACCCUGUCUCCACUGAAGCCAUACAGAAGUAUUUGAGCAAAGUAUCGAAGAAGAUUUGGGCAGUGCACCAAUGUGUAGACAGAUUGCCAGAAACAUUGCCAGCUGCGAAGGAACUGCUACAGUUCGGUUUGGAGCUCACCAACGAACGAAUACUUGACGAAAUAAAUAAGGAUAAAAGCGAAGACGAGUUGAAGGAUCCAGAUGAUAUAACUUUAGAGGAUUUGAAUGCGUACACCAGUGAGUUGCUGCGUUGUCGACACGUCAUGCUGUUCUAUAAGGAGAGGCUUAGGUUGUAUGAAGAAAUACUAAAAUGGGAGAAGUCAACAUACAUCAAAGACGAGUAUGACCGCCUUCGGAGCAACAGUAUAGUGCACAGCGCGAUAGAGAUCGCCAAAGAAGGCCGUAUAGAGGCCCUGACUUGCCUCUGGCAGCACAUCAAAACUAUUGAAAUGAAACUGGCAGUCCUGGAUAACCUGCCAGAGACAAUCAACCCAUUAGAUUAUCAACAUCUGCUGCCAACCAAACAGCCAUUUCAAUGGUUUGACGAGAAAUCCCCCAUAAAGGUAAAGCCGUCAGAAGUUGAAAAGGAUUGGUGCAGAAAGGCAAUAUUUAGAUCGAUAUGGAGCUCGAAUUGGUCGGAGGACGCCAGCCCAGAGGCGGAGAGUGCGUGCGUGACAGAGUGCUCGUGCGUGGGCCCGUGCUCGUGCCCGCACUGGGCGUGGUACGAGAGGCGCGCGCGCGAAGUGGAGCAGCGCAGCGGGCUGGCCAGCCACGCGCUGGCGCUCGUCACCAUCGCCGUGGUGGGCGGCGCCGUGCCCGGCCUCGACCGCAUUCUGUUCCACCUGCUCACGCUCGCCACGCUGCUCUACGACAUCAACGUAGAAGGUGUCACGCUCGCAGACCUCGAGCCUAUGACCCCACUCGAAACCUGCACGCUCCUCAUGAAGAUGUCGACGCCGGCGACUUUCGUAUCGGACCUAAAGCAGUAUGUGGUCCCGUACCUGAAACGCUAUGAAAAUCUAACACAAUGCAGCGACGCCUGCCUCAAUGGACUCAUUGAUUUCCUCGAGAGUAUUAGCGUAGAUGACCUUUCCUCGAUUCUACUGGUGUUGCAAUCUCCGAACGAAUUUGAACUGGAUAUCCGUACGCAUCUUGAACUGGUGGAGAGGUGUCUCUUCGCGCACAACGGUACCGAUCAAUUAGAUAUGGCCUGUGACUUACUUAACACAAUACUUAAGGAAAGCGACGGCAGCAUCUCGAGCAGCGAGCUGGUGCGGCGCGCGGGCGCGCUGGAGCGGCUGGUGGCGGGCGCGGCGCGCGCGGCGUGGCGCGGCGUGCGCGUGGCGCCGCGCGACCUGCGCGACAUGCUCGCCGACCGCGCACAGGCCGCGCGCCUGCUCGCACGCCUCGCGCGGGAACUCUCCCAACGUGACGAGAAACCGACGCAGCAGGACUGGGAGUGUCUUCUCAAAGACAUCCUUGAAUUACAAAGCACUCUAUUUGAUUGUGUUCCUAAGGAGCAAUGCUAUGAGAUUUACGCGUCGGCGCUGCUGGCGUCGGGGUCUGCGGGCGGCGUGCGGCUGGCGGGCGCCGUGCUGUCGUGCAGCGCGGCGGCGCGGCGCGGCCCGCCCGCGCUGUCGUACGCGUGCUCCGUGCAGCUCGUGCUGAGCGCCGCGCGCGAGUACUUCAACUCCGCCUCCGCGCUCACCGACCCGGCCCUCGACCUCGCCAGAUGCUGCCUCACGUUGAUCGAAGACGAAAAUGACGAGAUACAACAAGAGCUGGACCUUAUCGCUGCAUUGCCAUUACUGAGUGCUUUUGGAUUGACUAUCCUUCCGAUUCAAGUUCGUCUAUGUGAGGAUAAAAUGACUUUAAUACAAGAAUGUUUAAAAUUGGAUCACACCGCAUAUCUUGCUAGUCACAAAUUGCUGAAACUUGCCAAAUUGCUGAGGAUCGCUGGAGAUGAUGAACAAGCACGCGAAGGCGCGGUGCUGCAGCUGGUGUGCGAGCAGGCGCUGGAGGCGGGGUGUGCGGCGGGCGCGGGCGCGGCGGCGGCGGGCGCGGCGCGGCGGCUGGCGGCGCUGCGCCACGCGCCCGCCGCGCGCCUGCUGGCCGCCGCCGCGCGCGCGCACCCGCACGCCGACCCCGCCGCGCGCCGCCACCUGCUCGCCGCCGCCGCCGCGCACAUCGCGCCCGCGCGCCUCGAGCACGUGCUGCGCGACCGGCUCAGUCUUGAAAUUGAAAACUUGGAGCAAAUGGGUGCGGCGCUUAAAGAUCAUAGUCUAUACGCCGCGCGCUACCCUUCCACUGACGAUGAGUUUGCAGAUGCCGUUACAACCCCAAUUAUUGAGAAGAAAGAUCUCGUGGUUCCUUCUCAGUUGGAGAAAAAGGUGCCGAUACUCAACUACCUCAUUGAAACAUUUCAAAGUAAAUUCUAUUUUAGCUCGGAGGAGGAUGCGGGGGAGUGCUCGGCGCGCGAGGGCAGCGAGGGCAGCGAGGGUGGGGCGGGGGGCGCGGGGGCGGAGCAGCGCGUGCACUGCCCGGAGUUCUACCGCUCGCUGUACCCGCAGCACGCGGCGUCGCGCGCGGACUACGGCUACGAGCGCUUCGCCAGCGAGCGGCCCGGCCUCGCGCACGCCCUGCUCGCCUGGUACUACGUGCACGGCUGCUUGGAGGACGCGGCCAUGCCGGAAAUCGAGACCGAAGUGUUGCAGCGGUGCGCGCAGGAGCUGGUGCGGCGCGACACGGCGCUGGGCGUGGCAUGGCUGCUGCGCGCGGCGCGCGGGCCGGGGGCGGGCGCGCGCCUGGCGGCCGCGCUGCACGGCGCGGCGCCGCUCAGCGCACUGCUGUACGCCGCGCUCCUCAACUGCAACGCGCCGCAACUGCGCGACCUAGUCUACCUCGCGGAACCCACCCAGAUGGCGCGCACGACGCUUCUACAAAACAACGCGUCCGAAGAACAGAUGGCGGUGAUCAGACAGUGCCUGGACAAGCUAGCGGGCGUGGCCGAUGUAGAGAAGUUACGCGAGUUCGGGCUCAAUGUUAACGGGCUUCUAUUCAACGCGGACGAGGACUACCGACGGGAGAUCAUCUAUAGACUAGCAAGGUCGGAGGAGGAGGAGCGCGUGCGCGCGGCGUGCGGGCUGGCGCGCGCGCACGGGCUGGACGCGCUGGACGUGUGGCUGGCGCACGCCGCGCACGCGCCGCCCGCCCGCCGCGCGCUCGCCGCGCUGCCCGCGCCGCCCGCACCCGCCGACGCGCAGCCGCACGCACACCAACGCAUCAAGGAGGCGCUGUGGCCUCUGUGCAGCGGAAGUGACCACGGCGCGCUGCUGAGCGUGCUGACGCUGCUGCAGCGCGUGGACGAGCGCGCGCCGCUGCACGGCCUGCCCGCCGCCGACCACGUCAAGCUGCUGAAGAAGGCCAGGGCCGCCUCGCCCGAGCUGGACUACAAGCUGCUGGUGGAGCAGGCGAGCCCGGAGCGGCUGCAGGAACACCUGCUGGAUAUCAUGCGGCCGGAAAACGUGGGUCUGCUCACCAAGUUCUUGCGCACUCUGCCGCCCGCACUCAAGAUACCGCUCUCCGUGAACGCGCUCUACACGCAGUGGCUCACACGACACUUCUUCAGCGUGCCGGCAAACGCGAGCAACAAAAAAUGGAUGCAGCAGUACCGGCAGUGCGCGAGCUACUUCAACAAGCUGACCAAAGACGACCUGCUCAUAUUCAUCGCUAACACUUGUUUCUCCGCCGAGGCGCUGCAACGUGUGCCGGUGGGGACUAGGAGUUUGAUGAUAUUGCAGGCCGUGGACUACUGCCAACAAGAGCAAGAAAACGAUUACAAAUUUAAUAAGAACGAGCAAUCGUGGUGCCAGGUGGGCCAGGAGCUUUCUCGCUGGGCUCGCUUCCUGGACAACUUCCACUCCAGUACCGUGCAGAACAUCAUCAAUACUAGCGAACUGCCGCAAAAUGAUAUAUGGCCGUCGUUGGAAAUGAGUCACGGCACUUUGGAGCCGGCGCUGGUCGCCGUAGGGCAGCUGGUGGCCGCGGGGCUGCGCAGCGGUGCGCUGGCCUCGCUGCUACACUGCCUGCACCUCGACAUCUCCACACACCGCGUCUUCCAGCACCUGCUGCACCAUACGCACACGCCCGACGACAUGCAGUGUUUGGCGACGCGCGUGUCGCAGUACCACCGGGAGGGCGUGCAGUUCCCCGCAGAGUUGGUGGAGGCGGCGCUGGAGCGCGGCAAGGCGCUGGGGCUGGCCGCCGCGCGCCAGCUCGCGCUGCUGGCGGCCGCGCCGCGCCCGCGCGCCGCCGCCGGCAGCCCCGCCGCCGCCGCAGCGCCCGCCGCCGCGCUGCUACGCGCAGAAUGGCCCGACUCGCCAGAAGCGCAGCACCUCACAGAUGAGACGUUACUUACUGAAGAGGGUCGACGCGAGGUAUUUGGCAAGUUUAUGGAGCUGUCCGACACAUGGCAGAAGAAGAAGUCAUUGGUAGAUGUACUCAAUUGCUGGCCUCCCACCAAAACACAGGACAUCAGAAGCUUGCACUGUGAAUAUUUACACUCACUAUUGACGACGACCUCUGACCAAAACGAAGCUCUGGUGCUAAUAAAAUUACUUCUAAGACAACCAGUGUUAGAUGAAGAGGAGGUUAAAUGGCUGUGUGAGAGCACACCUCCACAGUCAGUACUGAGUGCUGUGUGGGUGGUGCUGCUUAACAAAUGUGAACAUUCCAAAGAUCUUGUCUUGGAGCUGGUGCUACGGCACAAGGAUUCUCUACAAAGCCAAGAAGUUGAGGACGAAUUGGUCAAAGAGCUGCUUGAUAACGAAUUAUUUAUACCACUGGUGCCAACUCCCUUGUACUCCCCUGUUAUUAACUAUAUUAUGAACAAAGACUCGUCUGGCAUGGAGCCUAAAGACUACACAAUAAGCUGGGCAAUCAGCGAGCUGAAGAAAGCAAACUUUAUCGCAGAAGCGGGUCAGCUGCAACUCUUGCAUAUCGGCGUACCGUCGCCUCUACGCGGCUUUACACAAACGGUGUUAUAUUUUAAGAACAUUUUAAAUCAAUAA